GCGCUCAGGUGACCCGUGCUUCUGCUGCCGACCUCAUCCAUUCAAGGCAUCCAUUCCAGCAUCCGGGAUGAAGAGAAAGGCGGCACGCACGGCGAGGCAAGCGGCUGAGCAGCAGCCAUCCGCAUCCGCAUCAGCUGCACAGCAGUCACGCCUGACAGCGUGUCCCGACGGCGUUGUCUUGAUGGUCUGCGGAUUCCUGGGCGCCGAUGUGGCCGCCUUCCGCCUGACCUGCCAGCGCAACAAGGGGCUCAUCACGGUCACAUUCCUCACUCAUCGCGUCAACGGCAUUCUGCGGGCCAACCACAUGGACGGAGUGCUGCGUGUCCAGCCGCCCAAUGAGGGCCGACGGCUGCGUCGACAUCUGGGCCAGCUGACCUUUGUGUUGGGGCUCAUCUAUGUGCUGGAGAACGGCGGCCUGUGGGAGCGGUGGGCGCCUCUGUUUUGGCUGGGCAGGAGCCACGGCCGCAUCAGCACACUGCCGGCGACGCUGUCGAGUGACGACCUGCAGAAGGUUGGCGGCAAGGCGGUCUUCAAUGGGCGAUGUGAGGCGGUCCGGCAGUGGUCACUGUUCGGGCCACAAGUUCAACGAGCAAAACGACGCUGAGAUGACGCUGUGGCGCACCCGGCACGGCCGCGAGCAGAUGGGGUCAUUCAGCCUGACCGUGUACACGGAGCAGACACUGCCGGCCAACCACCCCUUCCCAUUUGACGAUAGAAACCCUCCGGGUGGGCGGGUCAGGGGAGAGGGAUAGUUGUGCCGUCUCAUCUGUCUGUCUGUCUUUUCUUGCGUUUUGCAGUCCGCAUGAGAGACGUCCUCUCGGCCUCGUUUCGGGAUGCUGUGGUCAGAUGGUAAGUAAGGACAGAGACCAGCGAAAAGAAGACAAAGACAACACCCGGCUGCGGUUGGUUUGACUGAUUGAUUGGUCAGUAUGCGUGACUGCCGUGCGACACGAUACGUCACGACCAAAUUUGCCCUGCCGGGGCAUCAAGACCGAAGUGUUAGUCACCAGAUUGAUUCCACAGGCCUACAUGAAAUUGCCCUGUCUCUCUUCAUCUGUGUGUGAAUGUGUGCUUGGUUCAGAGAGAGCUGGUGACGCAGGCGCCGCCCAUUUGGGGCUGCACUAUAGCCUCGUCCCAUGUGAUGCCGCCCGGCGGACCUCGUCAGCGCGUCGUUGUGGUCUGUGGCGACCAGCCGGGAGACACGUUUGCCGCCCACAUCUACUUGUAUCUGCACGGUGCGACGGCGAGCACCGCCCUGUUCACCACAGAGAGGGCACAGGGCGGGGUGCGGAAGCCCAUGACUGUGGCGAGGGUGCGGCAGCGGCUGGGCAAUGACGACAUGCAGGCGAUCUUUGAAGACUCGCUGAACCAAUUUGCGUGAAUGAGAGGGGUGGUGCAUGGAAUGAAUGAAUGAAGGGUGCUUGGGUGGUCAAGGACGUGGCUCUUGGGGAUUUUCACG